UCUUAGCUUGAAUGGCUGCUUGGCAACGCGCGCUCGUUUGUGUUUAUUAAGCGUUCAGUCUGACUGAUGAUCAGAGAUUAAUCUGAUGUUAAACACCGCUUUAAGCUCGUUUGGUGCUCAGGUUGUGUUAGUGACGUCCAGCGAUGAGAAUCAUCCACCGGAAAGCAUGAUUGAUGGAAACACGGAGACGUUCUGGCUGUCGACGGGAAUGUUUCCUCAAGAGUUCAUCAUCCGAUUCCCAGAUAACAUGAAAAUAUCGGUGAUCUCCAUCGACAGUUUUAACAUAAAACAGUUAAGAAUAGAGAAAAGCACACAAGAGGAUGAGAAAUUUUACCUCAUGGCAGAGAAAGAGUUUGAACACAUAGAGGGAGGUCUACAAACAAAUGAAAUACCAGUUGACGGCUCAAACGCGACACAGCUACGGUUUCUCAUCCUCUCUGGAUAUGAUCAUUUUGUCUCAGUGCACAGAGUGGGCAUACAGGCAUGAGAAUGACUUUAAUGGGUCACCAGGACUUGUGAAGUAGCCUCAUUAUAUUUUACAUCAUGUACAGUACAUCCAGAAAGUAUUCACAGCAAUUCACAGCGCUCCAUUGAUGAUCUCAAGGAUGAUCAGUGGAAACAGGAUGCACCUGAGCUCAAUUUUGAGUGUCAUUGCAAAGGCUGUGAAUACUUAUGAACAUGUGCUUUUUUUGUUUUUUAUUUUUAAUAAAUUUGCAAAGAUUUCAAACAAACUUCUUUCACGUUGUCAUUAUGGGGUAUUGUUUGUCGAAUUUUGAGGAAAAUAUUGAAUUUAAUCCAUUUUUGAAUAAGGCUGUAACAUAAAAUGUGGAAAAAGUGAAGCGCUGUGAAUACUUUCCAGAUGCACUGUACAGCAAACAAUCCAAAAAAAAAAAAACAACUCACUGUAUUUUGUACUAAAUUAAACUGUCAAACAUGUCAAAUAAUCUGACUGUUUAAAGUCACUCAGGUAUGCUAAUCCCAACAUGUUUUGCAGACUCUCAAUAUUAGUCCUACACUAGAAACUCACCCUUAGUGACACUUGACAUUAAAAAGCAGCUCAAUAAUCCCAUUCUUUAUUUAUUAUUAUUAUCUUUAUCAGAGUUGGGUAUAACACGUUACAAAGUACUGUAUUCUAAUGACUUUCUGAUAACACAGUAAUGUAAUGCAUUACAUUUUACAUUUAUAUCAUUUAAUUAGUUGCUGAUGUCAAUAAAAUCACAUUACUUGCUUUACAAAUUUAUUGUUAAUUAAACUAUAAGUAAAAUGUAUUUUUUAAAAUAAAAUCACGACUCUCACUUCUGCCAAACGCUAGCUCACACAGUCAGUGAGAGGAAAAGUUGAUAUACUGCGACUAUUUUUUUUUUAAUCAGUAAAGGGGUUGAAUCAGAAACACUAAUAAUGACUAAUGAUGCUGAGCAGGAAAACAGUGUGUAAAUGUCUAUGAGUUCCAGUUUAUGUGAAUGUGAUAUGAGCAGAGCAUAAGUAAAGAUAAUGUAUGCUGCAUGGUACUGUAGCAGCUAAACCUAGAAAAUGAUGUUGUGGCUCCCCUUGGCUAGCGACACCAAACUAGCCUAGUUAGAAAAGUUUUAUAUUUUAUCGGUCUGAUAGUCCUACAAACAGUGACAACACCCGAGGCAAGUUUUAUGAUAAAUCCAACUUUUUCUGAUCAUGUCAUACAUUGACACGCACUAAAAUUACUGAAAGAACUACGAGUUUCACU